AUGGCCCUCGCAAACUACAGUACCCUCAAUAACUUCCAGAGAGAGUAUGAGAGAAUCAACGGCAGUAACCCCGAGGACUGCGUGGGGGCUACAUGGAGCGUUAUACUGGGGACAAUCUUUCCUGCCAUGCAAGGCGACUAUGCCAUCGAAUCACAAGCCAGAAACCCUGGUGGGUAUACUGAUUUUACCAUCUGUGACUGGGUUGGACCCCUUCGCCGGCCAUUUUUGUUGUGGAGACCAAGAAGGCUCCCAGGGGCCGUCGCCGGCCAGGCUGGCAAAGUGCUGAAAGGCAGCUCCGCCGAUAUCUCCAAGGUUGGGCCCAAACUGCUCGCCAGGGCCAGACAGCGCGGGCAACAUGUUACGGCGCCAUUGCAAUCGGGAAGCGGGUGCGGUUCUAUACAUACAACUAUGAGACAAAUGAUAUCGCGCCCAUGCAACGUCGGGUCCGACGCUAUGAGGUGA